AUCCAGCCGGGAUCUACGUCGGGAAUUUGAAUCAAAUUGCUUCUUGGUGGCUUAACGAUCGACCGGUCGUGGCGUGUUGUAAAAUGGUUUCUUUCAAAUCCCUUCUAUCAAUCGAAGACUGUGAAACGAUCAUUGAUCGUGCGGUGCAGAAAGCGGGCGCCGGGAGAAGCUUCAAAAUCGUAUCGUACAAUGCGGACCUCAUACCGGGACAACCUGGAUACGUUAGCGCCUACUACUUUCUCAAUAUCCGAUUCCAAAGUGAUGACGGUCCAGUCGAAGCGAGGCGUUUCUUCGUCAAAACCUUACCGUACCACGACGCUCAGUUGACGGACAUUAUGGAACGGCUUGGUCUCUUCCGAAAGGAAGCUGCGUUGUACAAUAAACUGCACGCUCGGUACACGCGUGACCCGGCAAAGGUGAUCAAGUGGGCCCCCGAUUGUUAUCUGGGUCGACGGGAACUGAUCGUGCUAGAAGAUCUUUCAAACGACCGUUACCGAACGUUGCCAUUUCAAAAACCGUUCAACGAGCAACACAUGAAGCUGAUUUAUGAACGACUCGCACAGAUGCACGCAUGCUCGAUCGAGUUCGAAAUUAACCAGCUUGGCGGCCGAUCAAUGGGUGCACUGUACGGGGACGCACUGUUUGAGUCAACGUUUACCCCGGGAAGUGAUUGGUUUGUGGCGGGACUGAAGGGUAUACUGGCGGUUGCACUAGAAAGAAGCCACCAUUCGAAGGAUGCAGCCAAACGGGCAACGAUCAACGGUCACAUAUGGGAGCGAAUGGAGCGAAUCUACACGCUGACCCAGGAGACCGAUCAGUUCCGCUCGGCCGUGGUACAUCGCGAUCUGUGGUUCAACAAUUUUAUGUUCACGUUCAACGAAGACGACACCGAAUGCGACACACCGACGGGCUGCGUUUUGAUCGAUUUCCAGCUGGCACACUAUCUGCCUCCGGCCGUCGAUUUUGUGUGCGCCCUUUAUCUACUGACCGAUCGUGCCCAUCGCGAUCGGUACGAAAGGAGUUACGUCGACUUUUAUCACAACUGCCUGCUGCAGAAGCUGGCCAAUCUCGGGAUCUCGGAUGGAUCAGUUCUGUUGUCUAAAGCGCAGUUUGAGGACAGCUUGGAACACUAUAAGCUCCUGGGGCUCGUAUGGACCGGUGUUCUGCACGGGUUUGUAAACUUCCCGGACGGUGUAAUGGAACGGCUGCACCGGGAUGACCCGGCCACGUACACGCGCAUGUCGAUCGACAAUCGGAAUGAUUUUAUUCUCAAGUAUUACGAUUGCGACCGAUUCUAUCGCGACCGGAUGGGGGACGUCGUGAACGAGCUGCUGGAGUAUUUGUUUGAUUUCCGUUUGUUUCGAAUCGUACGGUACCGGCCACUCGCGAGCAACGUGACUCAAAAAUGUGCCGGCGAGAGGCCGCAGUACGUUAGUUGCUUUGAAAGUGAAACAAUCGGAAUGCCUCCCAGACUGAGCGACAGGGAAUUACGCCAAAUUGUGCACAAUUCCUACAUCGGGCGUGGCCACACCGUUGAGGCGGAUGAAAUAGACAUCAAAUCGUGGACCAUCGAACCAUUCAGUGCAACCCGAAUCGGAUUCUUGGGUGACCACUAUACGCUGAAAGUUGUGUUUUGUACGCAAAGAUCCGACACCACCGGAACACCGGAGUGUGAGGAGCAGUAUUUUGUGAAAUCGCUACCGGAAGGAAUGCCCAGCUUCACCCGGUACUUGUCGGAAAUUAGAACCUUUUCGAAAGAAACCGCCAUUUACCGGGAACUGAUGCCGCAGCUGCAAAGCUGCUCCUACGGUGCCCGAUUUGCACCGCGUAGCUUCCUUCGGGACGAUCGUCGUGAUGAUGUGCUCGUGUUUGAAGAUUUAUCAUUGCAAGGCUUUCGAGUGCGGUCGCAAACGUUUGACUUACCACAUCUUAAGCAAGCACUGCGAGCCCUGGCCAGACUGCAAGCGGCAGGAAUCCGGCUGGAGCAAGCACGGGGGCACUCCGUGGCGCAGCUGUAUCCACAGCUGGUGGCGGAAAAUUCUUGGCUCCAGCAAGAGGGCUAUCCCCGGGUGGCCGAACUGGAGGACAACAUCCGGUGUCUGGUGGCGUACGCCAGGGAGUUGUAUGCCGGCGAAGAACGAUGCAAUCGACUGCUCGAAAGUCUACCGGAAACGAUGCGACAAAUCUACGAAUUGGUGCAACCUUCGAAAACCUACCGAAAUGUGUUCAGCCACGCGGACCUGUGGAACAAUAAUUUGAUGUUUCGAUACGAGGGUAGUACCGGCAGCCAUCCGAUCGAGUGUGUGCUGGUUGAUUUUCAACUGGCACGGCAGGUGCCACCGGCGUAUGAUUUCAACAUGCUUGUAACACUUACCACCGCUGGCCAUCGGACGUUUCUGCGGAACCACUGGACUCAUCUGCAAAGCUUUUUCUAUCACUCCCUCAAAACGGAGCUGGCCGAGAUGUCGGGGGGCGAACUUUCGGUGGAAACCUUCGUGACGCCGGCAGAUUUUCACAGGUCCUGCGAGCACUACCGGAAAGCUGCGGCGCUGGACAGUUUCAUCAUUAACUACGUGGUAAAGUUGCCCAAAGGGUGCUUGGAUGAAACAUUCUCAACGCCCGAACUGUACGAUGCGUUCGUCGGCGAGAACAAGAGUCGACAAAUGCUAGAGCUACUACGAUCGCACGGCGAGUACCGGGAAACUAUGAAAGAUAUUAUUGACAAUAUUGUUGAAAUAUUUCAACUUGGAUAACACGGACAAGGCGUAAAACGUAAAGUUUACAUCUAAUUUACAAAGUUUGUAGCAGCUGGUCCGCUAUUCAAACGCUAUAUCAAACGGUUCGGCAAGCACCUUCCGCAACUUUGAAUCCUGCGAACUGUCGGCGGCAGAAGCAUAGUUUUGUUUCGCACGCUGAACCACCUCCAGGGUCACCUUACGGGCCCUGAUUUUUUCCUUCAAACCAACGGCACCAUUCUGCUGCACCGCCUCGUCGCCAGCGUCGCUGGCAUCAUCCGAGAAAUCACUAUCAAACCCAUCCUGCUGCUGCUGCUGCACGUUGUUAUGUGCCGCCUCCGCCGCCGCCGCCGCCGCCGCCGCCGCCGCCGUGUCCUUCGUGCGUUUUUCCUCCACGAUGAGCAGCGAUCGAAGGAAGUCCUUGCACAGCAAACUUAUCGGGGCCAUCGUGUGCGAUGAAGACGAAACGAUCUGCAAAAGAAGUGCAUCGAACGAAUGAAUGAGCGAAUCGAGCGCGUAUCUGUUGCUGACAAUUGACAUGGAAGGGUG